UGUCAGCAUCAGAAGCAUAAUAGGGUUUCUAACUUGCCUCUGGAUCCUGUCUGCCAAGAAACUGUAAACCGAUAGAGAUGAACUGCAUCCUCAUCGCCGCUUGUGUCCUAGCUGCACUGUAUGCAAGUGCGGACGGUGCCUGUAACUAUUUGUCUUGCACUACAACUACAGCUACGUGCGAGGCGUACACAUCUUCCCUCGCGUGCAUGAAAGACGCUCUCAGCGGCUGUGACGUACCGGGGCUGAAGACCACGAUCAACAAUGCAAUAGCUGUUGCCACGACAACCAUGAAUAACAUCCCUGGAUGUGGUGCUGAUGCCGUGACAGGGAGCGUGGUGACCUUCGUGCUGUGUCUGAUCUCCACCAUCAUUGGAUCUAAGUAGCCUCAAGGGUUGAGAAACAUCAAGAGAUAUAACUUUACCUAGGGCGAUGUUAAGUAUCUCCAACGAUGCUAGUAGCGUGAAGCGAUUUUUAGGGUAAGGUUCCGUAUGUAAAUGACGUCAAGGAAAGUAAUUUAACGUCAGCCGAUAUCAAGUAACCUCAAGCGAUGUUAAGUAACGUCAGCGAUGUUAAGUAACGUCAAGCGAUGUAAGUAACGUCAUUGAUGUUUAGUAACGUCAACGAUGUUAGUAACAUCAGCGAUGUUAAGUAACUUUGGCGAUGUUUAGUAACGUCAAGCGAUGUUAAGUAACGUCAGCUAAGGUUUAAUAACGUCAGCGAUGUUAAGUUACGUCAAGCGAUGUUAAGUAACGUCAGCGAUAUUAAGUUACGUCAGCGAUGUUAAGUAACGUCAAGCGAUGUUAAG